AGUGAAAGUAGAGGAUAAUAAAAACAUGCAUCGCAUCUUCUUUUUGUCUCAUUUUGCCCCAUAUUACCCUACUUUUGGAUCAUUUUCGCUAAACUUGGUUCCUGCUUGACGACGCUAGAUUACUGAGCUCAUUUUACAAAUUCUUGAUUUAUUUUUGAUAAUAAAAGGAAUGAAGGCCAUUUUCUAUCAAUAUUCAACACUUAGUGAAUAAAUAUGAAAAUAUUUUCUCAAGUACUCAGCUUAUAACCAAUUGUGCAUGAAAAAUGGAAAUUGAAAACUUUAAUAAUGAUUACUCAGCAAGCAAUUUUGUGCAAUAUAUUCCUGGUGGAAUUAAAACUAAACUUAUAAUAUCAGUUCCACAUGGUGGAGAAAUGCGCCCCGAAUUCAUCACUGAUCGAGAUAAAAGCACAUUUUGCAAAAGUAAUGGAGGUUUAUACAAUGCAGUUUGUGAACCUGAUCAAUUUACUAAAGAGUUAGUAUUUUUACUGCACGAAGAGCUUAUUAAAAACUCUUCUUUGGAGGAAGCACCACAUAUUGUUAUUGCUGAAGUUCAUCGUUCAAAGGUUGAUUUAAAUCGAGAAGUGAAUGAAGCAACGAUGCAUGAUCCAGAAGCUCAAUCUAUUUAUUCUUGUUACCAUCAAUUGUUAAGCAACGCAAAAAAGAUUGUGAAACAUGGUCUUUUUAUUGAUAUCCACGGUCAGAGUCAUCCCGAACAAUGGGUUGAGCUGGGAUAUCUUUUAUCUAAAAGUUGCAUUAAUUCUCAAAAUAUUAAUGACGAUAAUUCGUCGAUUAGAAAUCUCGCAAAACACAGCAGUUUUUCAUUUUUUGAUUUAGUUUGUGGAGAAGGAAGCCUGGGGAAGUUUCUCAAUGAUGAAGGCAUCAAAUCAGUUCCUUCACCCGCAAAUCCGAUAAUCAAUGGAAAUUACUUUAAUGGAGGCUACAAUACGUUGUUCUACGGAAGUAAAUUCAGCGGAGAGAUAGAUGCAAUACAAAUUGAAUCACCUAAUAAUCUUAGAUCUGCUGAAAAUCGAACAUUGUAUGCAGGCGCAUUAGCUAGGGCGCUAGUCAAAUACAUUAAUUUGCAUUAUAAAGAAAGCACUAGCGGUUAAA